GAAUUAGGGUUUGGCGCAUCGGAAAGAGUCCAGGGCAUCCUGAAAUAUACGAUUGAGCUGAGAACCAGGGUUUCUCGUCUUUUCUCUUCUGAUCCGUACAAGCAGAGGGAGAGAGAGGCCAUGGCUGAAGUCGCACCACCAGAAGUAAAGCUCUUCAACAGGUGGUCUUUCGAGGAAGUCGAGGUCAGUGACAUUUCAUUGGCAGAUUAUGUUGCUGUCUCUGCAUCCAAGCAUGCAACAUAUGUUCCUCAUACGGCUGGGAGGUAUUCGGUCAAGAGGUUCCGCAAGGCCCAGUGCCCCAUUGUGGAAAGGCUGACAAAUUCCCUCAUGAUGCACGGCCGAAACAAUGGGAAGAAGUUGAUGGCCGUCCGCAUAGUCAAGCAUUCCAUGGAGAUCAUCCAUCUACUCACCGACCAAAACCCUAUUCAAGUCAUUGUGGAUGCUGUGAUCAACAGUGGGCCAAGGGAGGAUGCAACUAGGAUUGGUUCAGCGGGAGUUGUGAGACGUCAAGCAGUGGAUAUCUCACCUCUUAGACGUGUGAACCAGGCAAUCUAUCUUCUCACGACUGGUGCUCGUGAGAGUGCUUUCAGGAACAUCAAGACCAUUGCGGAAUGCCUUGCUGACGAGCUGAUCAAUGCGGCAAAGGGAUCUUCAAACAGUUAUGCGAUAAAAAAGAAGGAUGAAAUCGAACGUGUUGCCAAGGCUAAUCGUUGAUCCACUUAUGAACUACUGCAGGAUUUGAUUUGGUUUUCCAUUAAUCCAAAAUGCUUGCCCAUCUUGUUUCAUGGACUUUUUAUGUGAUGUCCCUUUAGAAAUUUUGCAGAAUGAUAUCCUUAGGAAUUGUGUGAUUUUGGAGUUUAGAUGUCUCAUGAGGUUUGCCUAAAUUGCCUUGAGUUGUUGCUUUCAGAAAAUUUAUUGACCUCUUUAAAGAUGGUUAAUUAAUGUUAGAUUGCAUUAGUUUUGGAAACGAGGAUUUUGUUUCCUGGUUUUCACCGUUAUAAAAAUUGUCACCUGGGUAUGUAUGCUAUAGUUACAAGUUGCAAAUGCAUAUUUCGUGAUUUUAUUUCA